AUGGGCUUGGUCGUCGCGCUCCUGCACGGCUUGCAGGUGGCGGGCGUGCUGCUGCUCCUCCUCCACACGUACGGCUGGUCCGUCGCCGCCCGCAAUCGACGCAAAUCCCUCGAUCGCCUCCGCUCGCGUCGCCGCGCGUCCGCCGAAAAGCAUCCUCAACGCGCGAAGCGAAAGCGCGGCGCGCAGCAACCAGGCGGGGGUACCAUCUCUACUGACGAUGGCAAUUGCGAUAACAAUCCGCGUGCCGGAGUGAUUACUUCAAGUGGUAACAUGACGGGAAAUGCGGAGAGCUCGCGCUGUCCGCAUUGGCCGGCGGUGGCGGUGGUGAUGCCCGUGCGCGGCUUUCACGCGCACACGGCGAGCAACUGGGCGACGCACAUCACGGCGGAUUACGCGGGCCCCGUGGAGUUUCUCAUAGUCGUGGAGAGCGAGGCGGACCUCGCGUACCGCGAGGCGUGCAAGCUCGCAGCGCGAUUCAACGCUGCGCAUAAAGUGGGGAGGGAAGGAGGGGUGCAGGGGGAGGGAGGGAGGGUGCAAAAGGAGGAAGGCAGGGGGCACGGGAGCGUAGGCGGAGGGCAGGUGGGGGCGGGCGGAGGGCAGGGGAGGGAAUCUAUGAGCGCAGGGGGGGCGGUAUGUAGAGGGGAGGUGGUAUGUGGAGGGGAGGUGGUAUGUGGAGGGGAGACCACAAACAAAAGCGGCAUUGCGUGCAGGCAGCAGGGGAGGGUGUAUCUGAGGAAGGUUCGCGUGGUGGUAGCUGGCACCUCCACCACAUGCAGCCAAAAGAUCCACAACCAGCUGGCCGGCGUCACUGCCACCCACCCGGAAGCAGAGUUUGUCCUUUUCCUGGACGACGACGCGAGAAUGUACCCAGAGGCGAUCACCUACCUCGUAACAGACAUGCUUUGCCGACCCGACACGUUCCUUGUAACCGGGUACCCGUUUGACAUUCCGAACCCGGGGUCGCUGUUUUCGUACGCGGUGUUAGGGUUUCAUCUGGUCCCUUUGGUUAAUUUUUCCUAUGAUGCCGGCACGGAGUAUAUCUGGGGCGGGUGCAUGAUGCUCAGGCUGGGGGAUUUCCGAAGCAACAGGCUCGGCAUGGUGGAUGUGCUUCGGCAGGGAGGGUACUCGGAUGACAUGACGCUGGGGGCAUUCUGGAGCUACCUGCGGCGGCAGCUGUUCGCACUCACCACGUACUUCUCCCCACUCAACCGCCGCCUCAACCUCUGGCUGCUGCUCAUGGGCAUGGCCUUUAGCUCUGUCAUGGUUGGGUCGAUGGCCGUCUCGCUCUCGUUCCUGGUGCAGUAUUUGCUGCCUUGCGUGGCCGGUUCUGCUGCGUGGGUUUUCCAGAUGGUUGGGUCGUUUGGGGCUGCUGCUCCUGUGUGUGAGGUUCCUGUGGUCGGUGUGGCUUCUCACUCGCACAGCUUCACCUUGCUUCGUUUGCCCUCGCCUCUCUCGCCCUCCGUGCAAUGA